CUGCCUCCGAGCAUCAUUAAUGAAUGGAACGGCUUCCAGGCUGCAUCACAGCACCUCUCUCCCGCCUCUGCUCGGCUGCUGUCUCAUCUGAAACUGGGACACUGGAAUACAAACAAAAACAUUAGCAGCAGAAGGAGGGGACAGCAGCAGACGGCAAAGAGAAAAACGCUGGCUAUGAAGGGACGGCAACGGAACACUGUGAUGCAUGAUGCAGGCUCAGCUGAGGACAUGGCAGCAGCUAUUAAAGGCACCGACUCUCAUCCUGAUUUCUACCCACCGGACCCAUCUUCUUCCUCCACUCUUCCUCCCUCAGCCAUGCCAUCUUCUGAGUCUGCCUCAGCCCUCCUGGCCCUGGCCUCUCCGGCCACCAGGCGUUCCAUUUCCAUGGGGGACUUUCGGAGGGUAACAGGGGCUCUACUGGCUGGUUCCGAGCCUCCUUCCACCUCUGCCACUGCCCCGUCCUCCAAACUCGUCACCCCCAGCUCCAGCAUGGAGUUUGAGGCAGCCCGGCGGCGCCUGCUGGAGGUGGAGGAGCGUCAGCGUGUCAUCAGAGAGAUGGAGCGCAGACUGGAGGAGCUCAGGGAGGUAUUUGUGCAGUCAGAGCAGCAGGUGGUGGUUCAUGGGGAGCUGGUUUCGCGCAUUACCGGUGCGGCCCAGCAGGGGGAGCUGUACGUGGCAGAGACCAGCCAACGCUUGAAGAAAGGCCUGAGGUUCAAGAAGCACCGACCCACCAUCGUCUUCUCCUCCAUGCUCGGACUUCGUACGUGCCUCCCCUGGCCCGUGAAGCUCAAAUAA